UUCCCGGUAACUUGUUAGUGGGCAUGAUGUUUAUCGUUGUGGUCACGGCAACGAUCGAGAGAGACUUCUCCCCUGAGUGCCGGGAGUUUCUAUACAUGGGCACUCCGCCUGCGGGCAUCGAGAGCGGCACCCUGGUGAAGAUCUGCCAGCGCUACAACGGCAAGCCGCGCUACGUGACGUUGUACGACACGACCAACCGCGUGCCCCUCUACUCGGCGUACACAUUCAAGCGCUCCGACGGGAUGAAGAGCGUGGACGUGCCGUGGAUGUACGAACCUCAGCUGUCCACCACCGCGGAGACGGGCGAGAUGCAGUCGUUCCCGCGGCACUACGCGCACCUGAACUUCGAGGACGCGCAGGCCGUCCUGGACGACUACACCAACGCCAUCGACUACGAGCGGGGCCUGCUCAACACGGACGAGCACCAGUCGGAGCCCGACGACAAGGCGGCGGCCUACACGCUCACCAACGUAGUGCCGCAGGUGCGCGAGUUCUACGUCGGGCCCUGGCGAGCCCACGAGCACGUCAUCCGCAAGCGCCUCAACAACUACUGCCGCGGCACGGCCUACGUAGUCACGGGCAUCGUGCCGUCGGGCAACCACAUCCGCCGCUACAACAUGGACCGCGUGGGCAUCCCGUCGCACGUGUGGUCGGCGUACUGCUGCAUCAACUACGACCGCAACGCACCCUACGGCGAACGCUACAAGUUCCCCACGCACGCCCACUACGGCCCUAACGAGAGGGAGGAUAACCAGGUUCUGGAACUUUCCGUCAAGAAGUUGGAGGAGUUUCUCAAGAAGUCCAUGGUCGUCGACAAGAGCUUCCGGUUAUUUGUGGACGACUGUGUUCCCCCAAGUUCUGCAUUGUCUUAGAUGUGACAUUUUUAGAAAAUAUGAACGAGAAAAUGGGUCUGUUUGGUUGAUAGUUUUCCCUUU